GAGGCCGCGCUGAGUCCGAGGCUGAGUCGCCUGUGGCUGGCCUGUCAUUAGCGCCGGGACUGGCGAGGCUGAGAGUACGAGGCGGAGCUCACUGGGGCAGCUGUACCUGGUGACCAGGAAGGGCCUGCUCCAGCCCUGGGACGGGGCCUUGGGAAUUGGGCUUCAGGACUCGACUGGUAUUGGACAUCCACCCCCUGCCACCCCCAGGGAGCCCCGCGCGGACUCAUUCCAUGAUGUCCCUGUCGGUGCGGCCACAGCGCCGCCUGCUCAGCGCCCGGGUCAGUAGGAGCCAGUCCUUCGCAGGCGUCCUCGGCAGCCAGGAGCGGGGGCCCAGGAGCUUCCCGGUCUUCAGCCCGCCAGGCCCCCCACGGAAGACCCCGGGGCUUUCCCGAGUGUCCAGGAUGUUUUCCGUGGCUCACCCAGCCCCCAAGGUGCCGCAGCCUGAGCGGCUGGACCUGGUGUAUGCUGCUCUUAAGCGGGGCCUGACGGCCUACUUGGAAGUGCAUCAGCAGGAGCAGGAGAAACUCCAGAAGCAAAUAAGGGAAUCUAAGAGGAAUUCCCGCCUGGGCUUUCUGUAUGACUUAGAUAAGCAAGUCAAGUCCAUUGAACGCUUCCUGCGACGACUGGAGUUCCAUGCCAGCAAGAUUGACGAACUGUAUGAGGCAUAUUGUGUCCAGCGGCGUCUCCGGGAUGGUGCCUACAACAUGGUCCGUGCCUAUAGCACUGGGUCCCCAGGGAGCCGAGAGGCUCGGGACAGCUUGGCUGAGGCCACUCGGGGGCAUCGUGAGUACACAGAGAGCAUGUGUCUACUGGAGAGUGAGCUGGAGGCACAGCUGGGCGAGUUUCAUCUCCGAAUGAAAGGACUGGCCGGCUUCGCCAGGCUGUGUGUGGGCGAUCAGUAUGAGAUCUGCAUGAAAUAUGGGCGUCAGCGCUGGAAACUACGGGGCCGCAUUGAGAGUAGUGGAAAGCAGGUGUGGGACAGUGAAGAAACUGUCUUUCUUCCUCUGCUCACGGAAUUCCUGUCCAUCAAGGUGACAGAACUGAAGGGCCUGGCCAACCAUGUGGUUGUAGGCAGCGUCUCCUGUGAGACCAAGGACCUGUUUGCUGCCCUGCCUCAGGUUGUGGCUGUGGACAUCAAUGACCUUGGCACCAUCAAGCUCAGCUUGGAAGUCACAUGGAGCCCCUUCGACAAGGAUGACCAGCCCUCGGCUGCUUCUACUGUCAACAAGGCCUCCACAGUCACCAAGCGCUUCUCCACCUAUAGCCAGAGCCCACCAGAUACACCCUCGCUUCGGGAACAGGCCUUCUAUAACAUGCUGCGGCGGCAAGAGGAGCUGGAGAAUGGGACAGCAUGGUCCCUGUCAUCUGAAUCUUCUGACGACUCAUCUAGCCCUCAGCUCUCAGGGAUUGCCCGCCACUCAUCAGCCCCUAGGCCCCUGGUGCAGCAGCCCGAGCCCCUCCCUAUCCAAGUUGCCUUCCGUAGGCCUGAGACUCCCAGUUCUGGGCCCUUGGAUGAAGAGGGGGCCAUGGCCCCAGCCCUGGCAAAUGGGCAUGCGCCCUACAGCCGGACUCUGAGUCACAUCAGUGAGGCCAGUGUAGACGCUGCCUUGGCUGAGGCUUCAGUGGAGGCUGUGGUCCCAGAAAGCCUAGCCCGGGGACUUAGCUCACCUACACACCUAGAUCCCACUCGUGGGGAGCACCUCAGUCCUAUUCGUCCUGCUCUAGAUCCUGAACAUUCUGCCACAAACCCUGCCCUCAGUACAACAGGCCCUGUCCCCACAACUACAGACCCUGCCCCAUCUGUACACCUAGACUCAGUUCACAAGGCCAUAGAUUCUGGCCCUUCUGAAGUGCCAGGCCCUGCCUACACCACUACAAGUUCUCCCUGUAGUGCCAUAAGCCCUACCCACGAUGCUCCAAGCCUCAUUCACACUACUACAGGCUCGACUCACAAGUCCAUAUCUACCCUCACUACCACAGGCCCUAAAACCAAUAUCACAGGCACAGUCCAGACCACCACAAGCCCCACUCAUACUACCACAAGCCCCACCCAUACCAUCACAAGCCCCACCCACAAAGCCAGGAUUCCCACCCACACCACAAGCCCCACCCACAGAGCAAAUACAUCAACUCACACCAUUGUAAGUCCUACCCCCAAUGUUAUGGACCUAGUCCAGACCACCAUAAGUCCCACCCACACCACCACAAGCUCCACCCAUACUACAAGCUCCACCCUUAUAGCUGUAAGUCCUUCCACUUCUCUAGACCUUGCUAUCCUCCCCAGCCCCUCUGCACACUCAGACCCCACCCUCCCAGGAACUGACCCCCUGCCCUAUAGCCCCCUUGCCCCCACUUCCUGCACUCAGGCAGGUCCCAUAGCUGCCAGCACCUCCUACCCAAGUCCUGCCUGCUCUGAUUGGAAAUCUCUCACAAGCUCUGCUCCAGAUCCUCCAAAGACCACUGUUCAGAGCCUAAGCCCUUCUUCCUUACCCCUAGCCCCUGAACCCCAGCAUUCAGAUCGUAGCAUGGCCAUGGCUGCCCAGGCCCCAGUCCCAAGGGCGGCUGAAGAGGCUGGGGACAGGAGGCUGGAGGAGGCAUUGGGGGCCCUAAUGACUGCCCUGGAUGACUAUCGUGGCCAGUUCCCUGAGCUGCAGGGCCUGGAGCAGGAGGUCACUCGGCUGGAAAGUCUGCUCAUGCAGAGACAAGGCCUGACUCGCAGCCGGGCCUCCAGUCUUAGCAUCACUGUGGAGCACGCCUUGGAGAGCUUCAGCUUCCUCGAUGAAGAUGAAGAUGAAGACAACAAUGGCCCUGAGAACAGGCCCCCAAGCAUCCUGGAGACUGGGGCUGAGGACAGCCUAGACUCAACCAGUGCCCGCCCUCUCAGCACAGGGUGUUCAGCUCUAGACACUGCCUUGGUCCGACACCUGUACCACUGCAGUCGCCUCCUGCUGAAACUGGGCACGUUUGGACCCUUGCGCUGCCAGGAGGCAUGGGCCCUGGAACGACUGCUGCGGGAAGCCCGAGUGCUUGAGGCAGUAUGUGAGUUCAGCCGACUAUGGGAGGUCCCUGUCACCUCUGCCCAGGAAGUAGUGCAGUUCUCAGCCUCUCGGCCAGGUUUCCUGACUUUCUGGGACCAGUGUACAGAGGGACUCAGCCCCUUCAUCUGCCCUGUGGAGCAGGUGCUUCUCACCUUCUGCAACCAGUACGGUGCUCGUCUCUCCCUGCGCCAGCCAGGCUUAGCUGAAGCUGUAUGUGUGAAGUUUCUGGAGGAUGCCCUAGGGCAGAAACUGCCCAGGAGGCCCCAGCCAGGUCCUGGAGAGCAGCUCACCGUUUUCCAGUUCUGGAGUUACGUUGAAACCUUGGACAGCCCCUCCAUGGAGGCCUACGUGACUGAAACCGCUGAGGAGGUUUUACUGGUGCGGAAUCUGAACUCAGAUGACCAGGCUAUUGUGCUGAAGGCUCUGAGGUUGGCACCUGAGGGGCGGCUGAAGAGGGAUGGGCUUCGUGCCCUCAGCUCUCUGCUUGUCCAUGGCAACAAUAAGGUCAUGGCUGCUGUCAGCACCCAGCUCCGGAGCCUGUCGCUAGGCCCUGGCUUUCGAGAGAGGGCCCUCCUGUGCUUCCUGGACCAGCUUGAAGAUGAGGAUGUACAGACUCGAGUGGCUGGCUGCCUGGCCCUGGGCUGCAUCAAGGCUUCUGAGGGCAUUGAGCCCCUGGUGUACUUGUGCCAAACGGACACCGAAGCUGUGAGGGAAGCUGCCCGACAGAGCCUGCAACAGUGUGGAGAAGAGGGACAGUCUGCCCAUCGACGGCUAGAGGAGUCCCUGGACGCCCUGCCCCGCAUCUUUGGGCCCGGUAGCAUGGCCAGCACAGCAUUCUAAACUGUCUACCCACCAGCUCCCCAUGCCCUCUCCCCGCACUAUCAGGACUUACCAGGCACUGGCAGGGAGGGUGAGGGCUGGCUCCAGACACCCCUCCCCCAUAGAUUCCUAUCAAUGAAAAUCUAAUAUAUUCUUGCCCCUGGGGUUGUAGAGUCAGUGCCUGUAGUCAAGUGCCUCCCAGACUCUUCUCAGCACAUCCCUUACCACAAGUCAGUGUCCAGGGCCUGGCCACUUUGUCUCUGCCCCACCACGUCCCUUGGUUUUGUAUUUUAUUUACAGUUUUACAGAAAAUAAAAAUGCAAAAUGCCUUUCCUA